AUGCUGGUCGUCGUCGUCUCCCUCGCUGUCUUCGGGGCCACCCUGGCCAUCAACCCGAACCUGCAAUGCGCCCCGGACGCCACCGUCGGCCCUUGCCUCCCCAACUGGAACUGCUCCACGCCGGAUACGAUCUGCCUGCCAAUUGGUGGCGGGGAUUGGGGGUGCUGCCCCUCAAACAAGGUUUCGCCCAUUUGCCCACAGGGCGGAUGCCAGGACGGCGCUUCGACCGGACCCUGCGAUAUGGGCCCUUGCCUCGACCUGGACGACGUUUGUGUCACCGAUGACUCGAAUGAAUUGGUGUGCUGCCCCGAAGCCGACCUCACCCCGACGACCCUGCUGUGCAACCCGGGCGCCAGCUUGGGCCCUUGCAACUCUGGGCCGUGCGGCAUGGCUGAGACUCUCUGUCUGCCAAUCGGGGGUGGCGAUCUUGGAUGCUGCCCUGGUGAUGAGAUUACCGGCGAGUGCCAGGUGGAGGGCUCUUACUGCAAGUGGGGACAGGAUGUUGGACCUUGUCUUGGUGGUACCUGCCAGUCCGGUGCCUCAUGCGUUGCCCUCCUCACCGGAGGCGAAGCGUGCUGCCCUACCGCCUACAUUCGCAGCAAC